AUGGAAGAUGGAAAGGGGGAGUGUUGUAUAGCGAGGUGGGGCGGCGGACAUACGGCGGCGGUUGUAGCGACGGCGGCGGAGGAUUAUUGCAACACGUCCAAAAUGGAUAUGAUAAUGCUUAAGUUCCGACCUAUUGCUCCGAAGCCGGUUGUAGCAGGGACGACUACUACAACGGCUUCGGAGAGUGGUGGCGGCAGUCAAGGAAAUGGAAGCAGCCGCCAUGCGAAAGCAGGCGGCCGAGGACGGAAGAAAACCAAUAAUAGUUGCAGUAACAAUAGAAAGUGCAACAACAAUAAUAACCAUGGUAGGAAGAGAAAAUCUAGUUCUCCCGAUCGGAGAAAUGAUUAUCCUGCUGGUAACCCUAACCAGCAGGAUCCAACACUACUUCCUUUGUUCCCUGAAGCACCUGAUCUUAGCCCGACAGGCCAAGAUCAGGUGCACAAUGUUAUGCCAUUCUGGCAUAACAUCGAUUGUUACAAUAAUAAUAAUAAUAAUAACAACAACGAUGAUGGCUACACAAGUGGUAGUAGCCCUUCUUUUGAUGGUAAUUUCAACAAUUGCCAUGUAAGUAGCUGGUGGUAA